AUGUACGCAGACGGGUCUAUCGCAGGACACCCUACAGAGGCGCUCGUCGGAGGCCAGAAUGGCUACCCGGCUAUUCCCACGUCAGCGGCCCAUAUCGCCGAGCAGAUGGAGAGCGGCGGUGCGCGUGUCGAGGAGACGCUUGUUCGUCUCAACUGCAAGUACCAGACACUCUUUUUCUGUGCAGGCAUGGCUGCCGUCUCCGCCGGCUGCAUCGGCGCCCUCUCGUCCCUCUUGACUCUCCAGCUCGCCUGCCUCAUCAACUCUGCCUUCCUUGUCUUUUUCGGCUUUGUGAUGAUGCUUCUGGACGUCCCUGGCGCGCCCCGCUGGGCAGGACGCUACCGCGCCGCCAUCCGCAAGCACUUCCGCUUCUUGACUCGUCUCACUGGAAAGGCACUGUGGCUCCUCUUCCUCGGAAGCAUGACGGCAGUCACGCUAUGGCCCUCGAGUCGCCAGUCUCAUGCUCUCCUCUUCUUCACCAUCUGCCUCAGCUUCUUCGUCUCGUCCGUCGCGAUUGUUGGUCUGCUCAUUGCCGUCCGCAAGUCUCUGCGAUUGGAGAAGGUUCGCAAAGCCAUUCUUAUGAGCUGCAAGGGUGCUUACAUCGACGUCUACCGCAAGUACGCGAUGACUGAUCCUCAGCACGGAAUGCAAUUCGAAGAGUUCAACCGCCUCUGCGCCGACGUCACUGGCGGUCGCCUCCAGUUCGACAUCACCGACUUGGGUAUCAUCUACAAUGCCCUUGACGAUCACCAGAAAUCCGCCAUCAACGAGCGCGAGUUCUCUGAAUGGAUGACGGGUAAGGAGAAUCUGCAGUUGUGUGCGUUGUGCAUUAUUCUGCAUGCGCGUGUGAGCACCUGA